CUGGUAUCUAACGAAACUGUCGUUGUUUUCAGAUGGAUCUUCUCGACAUACUUCGAAUCAGGACCAAGUGCACGAUCGCUCGCGCCAUGCUUCGAUCAACCCAACUACAAGGCCACCUGGAAAAUCACAGUUCAUCAUCCGGCUGAUAUGAUCGCACUCAGCAACAUGCCCGAAGAAGGCUUCACCAUUCAACCAAACGGUUGGGCAACAAGCUAUUUCCCAACAACUCCGAUAAUGUCCAGUUAUUUGAUUGCUGUUGCGGCCGGUCAUUUUGCAUCACUGCAAACCGUCUCGAAGACUGGCGUAUUGGUACGUACGUGGGCAUGGACCGGUAUGGAGAGAUAUGCUGAAACCGCUUUACGGACGGCAGCCGGUCAAGUUGAUUUCAUGUCGACAUACUUCAAAUUCCCUUAUAUGCUUCCAAAACUCGAUGUUCUGGCACUGCCACAAUACACAACUAUGCAUGGCGCUGAAGAGCAUUGGGGUUUCAUCCAUAUUCUCUAUCGUUACAUGCUGGCUGAUAAGGCGUAUGCAACUGCCGAUGACUAUGCGUACAUCGCUUCGAUCACAUCACACGAAACCGUUCAUCAAUGGUUUGGUAAUUUGGUGACAAUCGAAUUCUGGCCAUACAUCUUCCUGCAAGAAGCAUCUGCAAAUUACUGGGAAACCAACGGCUCCAACAGAACAUUCCCAGAGCAACAUGCAAAUGCUAAAUUGGAACGAUUCUUGAAAGCUUAUAGUGGUUUCAUCACGGACUCUUCGACGAGAACCUCGAAGCCAGUUGUGCCGGACAAACCAUUGUAUUUCACUGGCAUACCGUACAACAAGGUGUUAUCUUACUGCAGCCAUACCUUGCCCAUAUCCUGCAAUAUAACAGCUAGGUAG